AUGCCGCCGGCCUGGCGCUGCAAGCUCUGGCAGGCCGCCCUCGCCACACUCAACCCCAACCCCACCGACAGCUGCCCCCUGUACCUCAACUGUGCCACCGUGGCCGCCCUGCCCGCCAAGGUCAGCCGACACAACAGUCCCUCAGCCGCCCACUUCAUCACCCGGCUGGUGCGGACCUGCCUGCCCGCGGGGACGAAUCGGUGUGUGCUGAUGGUGUGUGAGCAGUCGGACGUCUUCGCCUCGGCUUGCGCGCUGGCCCGGGCCUUCCCGCUGUUCACCCAGCGCUCGGGUGCGGCGAGGCGUUCCGAAAAGAGGACAGUCACAGUGGAGUUCUUCCUGGUGGGACAAGACAACGGCCCCAUGGAGGUGCCCACCCUGCAAUGCCUAGCAAGUGCCACCGAAGGGGUGCGGCUGGCAGCCCGGAUCGUGGACACACCCUGCAACGAGAUGCACACGGACACCUUCCUUGAGGAGAUCAGGAAAGUCGGGAAAGACUUGGGGAUCGUGCCGGCCGUCAUCAGAGACGAGGAGCUGAAGACCAGAGGAUUCGGAGGAAUCUAUGGAGUUGGCAAAGCCGCCCAGCACCCACCCGCUCUGGCUGUCCUCAGCCACAGCCCAGAAGGGGCCACGCAGACCAUUGCCUGGGUGGGCAAGGGCAUCGUCUACGACACCGGGGGCCUCAGCAUCAAGGGGAAGACCACCAUGCCCGGGAUGAAGCGAGACUGUGGCGGGGCGGCCGCGAUCCUGGGAGCCUUCCAAGCUGCAGUCAAACAGGGCUUCAAAGACAACCUCCACGCCGUCUUCUGUCUGGCAGAGAAUGCUGUAGGGCCCAGCGCCACCAGGCCGGACGACAUCCACCUGCUGUACUCGGGAAAGACCGUGGAGAUCAACAACACGGAUGCGGAGGGUCGCCUGGUGCUGGCCGACGGCGUGGCCUAUGCCUGCAAUGACCUGGGAGCCGACAUCAUCCUGGACAUGGCCACACUGACCGGGGCGCAGGCCAUCGCCACAGGGAAGUACCAUGCCGCAGUGCUCACCAACAGUGCCGUGUGGGAGGCAGCCUGUGUGACCGCCGGCCGCAAGUGCGGGGACCUGGUGCACCCGCUGGUCUACUGCCCGGAGCUGCACUUCAGCGAGUUCACCUCGGCCGUGGCUGACAUGAAGAACUCCGUGGCGGACCGGGACAACAGCCCCAGCUCCUGUGCCGGCCUCUUCAUCGCCUCCCACAUCGGCUUCGACUGGCCAGGGGUCUGGGUCCACCUGGACAUCGCGGCGCCUGUGCAUACUGGAGAGCGGGCCACGGGCUUCGGCGUGGCCCUGCUUCUGGCCCUAUUUGGCCAGGCCUCUGAGGACCCCCUGCUGAACCUGGUGUCUCCGCUGGGCUGCGAGGCCAACACCCAGGCCCAGGACACGGAGCAGGAUUCCAAGCGCCGCCGCCUGGUGUGACUGCCGCCGCCCCAGCCCCCUGGUUCUUUACCUCACUUGGCACUGACGACGUUUAAACCAUUAAAGAUUACCCCUUGAAA